AUGGCGGCGGUGAGCCGGAAGGCGCCGUCGCUGGUGGUGGCGGCGAGCAUGGGCGCGGUGGAGGCGCUCAAGGACCAGGCGGGCCUGUGCCGCUGGGACUACGCGCUGCGCUCGCUCUACCGCCGCGCCGCCGCGCCCCGGAUCCACGCGCUGGCCGCCGCGCUCUGGGACUCCGUGUCCGUGCCCCCGGCGUCGCGGCCGCCGUCGGCGGCGGCGGACGCGGCGAGGAUGCGCAAGGCCUACCACCUCGUGUGCUGGGGACCCAACUGA